AGCGCGAGUCACAAUCUGCCCAAGGCGAGGGAGGGCAAGAGAGACGCACGAGAGGAAACCGACUAUACAGACAGGGGGACACGAGCGCUCCGGUCUCAGCGAGCACAAUUAGACAAGUGUUGUUGAACGUGGGCUAUGCGCGCAACAAGGGGGGAGCGCAGUGUACAGAGGAGGUGAACGCAUGUAGAGGCUCAGCUUCAGAUUCACAGCCUCCUUCUUCAAGAGUCACUGCACUGACAGAGGAAAGGAGAGGAGAGGAGGGAAGGACAGAGCAACUCCUAGAAAACAGCAACUCUUGGACAGAAGUACGUGAGUACAGCCUACAGUCUUCAAAACAUAGGAUAGGGUCAGAAGCGGAAGAGUAGACUUUUCCUGGUCAGAAUCUGCUCUGGAAGAGAAAAUGAAUGUCAGCGAAGAGAACCUGCUCAAGUCCAUCAGCAACGACGCGCUCCUCGACCUGACGCAGCGCUACGGCCAGUCCGCGUUCGGCUUUGGCGCUGGCCAUGGUGCUGGAAGUCCGGGUCGGUUCCCGCUCACCCCGGCCACCGACUUCCUCUCCGGACAGACCGCCAAGUCCAACGAGAGCGGCGGGGAGCACACGAGCGACGACGAGGACGGCUUCGACUCGCUGGAGUCCCGGAAGAGGGGCCCGUCAUUUGGGGACGACAAGCCCGGGGGGCCCCUGGCCAAGAAGUCCAAGGAGCAGCGGUCCCUGCGGCUCAGCAUCAACGCCCGGGAGAGGAGGAGGAUGCACGACCUGAACGACGCACUGGACGGCCUGCGCGCAGUUAUCCCCUACGCCCACAGCCCCUCGGUGAGAAAACUCUCCAAAAUAGCCACUCUCCUCCUGGCUAAGAACUAUAUCCUCAUGCAGGCUCAGGCUCUGGAGGAAAUGAGGCGGCUGGUGGCUUAUCUUAACCAGGGACAGACCAUAACUUCACCAAUUCCCACCGCCCUGGCGCCGUUUGGACAGGCUGCCGUCUACCCCUUCUCGGGUUCUGCACUCGCAACCUGCGCCGAAAAGUGCACUACUUAUUCCGGGACACCAUCGAGUCUGUUCAAACACUGUAAUGACAAGCCUUGAUUUGGUUUAUUUUCCUGAACUUUUACUUACACUGCACCCAUGUCGGUCUCUAUCCCACUCUAGUUAUUUUAAAUCAUUCUGUGAAAAAUAACAAUUUUAGUCUAAUGCAUAGCCUACUGUUUAAGAAAUGGUCGAUGUUUUCUCCAGAUUUAACAAACGCUAAGAAAAGAAACUGUUUGGGCCUUGAUGAAAUCAAACACCCUGUCACUUUCUUGCUCGUGCUUUCAAGAGAAUGCAGGCCAUGUCUAAAUUAGUUUGUCAUUUGGGCGAAUUUGACCAGGUUUUUGUUUUCAGCUUUUGUUUGUGAUCUAUGCAACAUUAAUCUUCUCCAACAACACGAUAAAUGGAAAUGUCCACAAAUGCGACCUAAUCUCGACUUCAAAAAUAAAUACAGUAAUUCUGACAGGACUUCCCUCGACUAUAGUGCUGCCAUGCGGGGGAAAAAAAUCAAAUAUGAUGUACGUUCUGAAAUGAUGUACUGAAAAUUUGGGUUUUUUAGUUAGGCUAUUAUUGCACAUCUCACAUGAUUGUAUUGUACAACUGUGAAAAAUCACUUGCUCUAAGCCCGGCUAUAUAACUGGUUAUAUAACUACAGCCUAUACACUGAAGAAGCGUUUUGGUUGUGUUGCAACAUGGAUUUCAUAUAUUGUUUAUAUGUCUUUAUAAUUAAAACACAUAUCUAUGCUUGGA